CUUCCACCAUUUCAUUAGCUCCAUCUCACUCUCCGUUCUCCCUCCUUCCCUUCCUCUUCCUCUUCGUCUGCGAAAUCAUCAAUUCUCCAAGAUUGCACUAGUUUUCGAUCUCUAAUGUUGUGUUUCUCAGAGGAUUUUAAGAGCCAUGAAGCUUGACACUACCGGUCUCGAAACACACGCGCCGCUGUGCGGCGAGAGCAGUGGGUUUCUCGACGGCGUUUCGGCUCCUCCGUCGUUCGAGGUACCUACUACCAAUGAUUUUGAUGGAUUUCAGAAGGAAGCUAUCCAGAUGGUGAAGCCGGCCAAAGGGACAACCACGCUUGCGUUCAUCUUCAAGGAUGGCGUCAUGGUGGCGGCCGAUUCUCGGGCCAGCAUGGGCGGCUAUAUCUCAUCGCAAUCUGUGAAGAAGAUUAUUGAAAUCAAUCCUUACAUGCUUGGUACAAUGGCUGGAGGAGCUGCUGACUGCCAGUUUUGGCACAGAAAUCUGGGGAUCAAGUGUCGGCUGCAUGAAUUGGCAAAUAAGCGGAGGAUUUCAGUUACUGGAGCAUCAAAGCUGCUGGCAAACAUUCUUUACUCUUAUCGUGGUAUGGGUCUCUCAGUUGGGACCAUGAUUGCAGGCUGGGACGAAACGGGUCCUGGACUUUACUAUGUCGACAGUGAAGGGGGAAGAUUGAAGGGGAUGCGGUUUUCUGUUGGGUCUGGCUCUCCAUACGCUUAUGGUGUUCUGGAUAAUGGGUACCGAUAUGAUAUGUCUGUAGAAGAAGCUGCCGAGUUGGCUAGAAGAGCAAUAUAUCAUGCAACAUUCCGCGAUGGAGCCAGCGGCGGUGUUGCUAGCGUCUACCACGUGGGACCAAACGGAUGGAAGAAGUUAUCCGGAGACGAUGUCGGGGAGCUUCACUACAGCUACUACCCUGCAGCGGCAGUCUCUGUUGAACAAGAAAUGGUUGACGUCUGAUGGAAACUAAAAAUACAAGCUGUAGGAUUUCGUGACCGUUUCUAGGUUUAUAUGUAAAAGCCUGAUUUGUUGUAUUGGGAUUUUUAAGUCGACCUUCUAGUCUUUGUUACCUUUUCCUUUAAAUGAUGAAUUUGAUCUGUUGUCGUU